AUGGCUCCUUAUACUGAUAUAUAUACCCGUACCUUAGUAAUCGCGCUAAAGUCACCUCCUAUUGGCAAGAAUACGUCACAAGUUGCUGUGCUAACUGGUGUUAAUCCUCGUACUGUCGAUCGUAUCUAUAGUAGAGCUAUUGCUGCAGGCUUUGAGCCAAACGAACUUCCUAUUAAGAUCCUUCCACACCACGUUCAGGAUGCUCCAAAGACUGGUAGACCUACUAAGCAGGCAGAGGAGGUGAAGGAGCAGAUAUUCCAACAAGUACGACACGAUAGAUAUGGACGAGAGAAGAGCUGUGCUGACCUUGCUGGUGGGCUCAGUCUCCAAGGAGUCGAGAUCUCUGCCUCUACCGUCUAG